AUGUCUAUGAUUUCAGCUUUCUAUAGUGGCAAGUCCAUUCUCAUCACGGGGGCCACAGGCUUCAUGGGCAAAGUGUUGAUGGAGAAGCUGUUACGCACCAGCCCAAAUCUGAAAACCAUUUACAUCCUUGUAAGACCCAAGGCUGGCCAGACCCUGCAGGAGAGGGUGUCACAGAUCUUAAACAGUAAGUUGUUUGAAAAAGUCAAAGAAACUUGCCCCAACGUGCACGAGAAGAUCAGGGCUAUUUACGCAGAUCUCAGUAAGAGUGACUUAGCCAUUAGCAAGGAGGACCUGCAAGAGCUUCUAUCCUGUACAAAUAUUAUCUUCCACUGUGCUGCCACUGUGCGCUUUGAUGUCCAUCUGAGAUAUGCUGUACAGCUGAAUGUCAUUGCUACCCAGCAGCUCUUGCUUAUGGCCAAUCAGAUGACAAAACUGGAAGCCUUCAUCCAUAUGUCUACAGCCUACUCAAAUUGUAACCUGAAACACAUUGAUGAAGUGAUCUAUGCCUGCCCUGUGGAGCCAAAAAAAAUCAUUGACUCUAUGGAGUGGCUAGAUGACUCUAUCAUUGAAGAGAUCACACCCAAGCUGAUUGGGGAUCUGCCCAAUACAUACGUCUACACCAAGGCCUUGGCAGAAAUGUUGCUCCAACAAGAGAAAGGGAACAUCAACAUGGCCAUCAUACGGCCCUCCAUCGUGGGAGCCAGCUGGCAGGAGCCCUUCCCCGGUUGGGUUGAUAACAUAAAUGGACCUACUGGACUUAUUAUUGCGACCGGGAAAGGUUUUCUUCGAUGCUUAAAAGCUACUCCCAAGGCCGUGGCCGAUUUAGUUCCCGUGGACACUGUGGUCAAUCUUACCUUAGCAGUAGGGUGGUACACAGCGCUUCACCGACCUAAAUCUCCGCUAAUCUACCACUGCACAUCUGGUACCAUCAAUCCUUGUAACUGGGGUAAAAUGGGAUUACAAAUCUUAGAAACUCUUCAAAAGAUUCCAUUUGAAAAAGCCUUCAGGCAGCCAAAUGCGAACUACACAAGCAACAAGUUGUUAAGCAAGUACUGGAAUGCAGUCAGUCACCGGGCUCCGGCCAUCCUGUACGACUUCUACCUGCAGCUCACAGGAAGGAAGCCCAAGAUGACAAAGCUCAUGAAUCGGCUCUUGAAAACCAUUGCCCUCACAGAGUAUUUCAUCAAUCAUAGUUGGGAAUGGAGUACAUACAAUACAGAAAUGCUAAUGUUUGAGCUGAGUCCCGAAGACCAAAAAAUAUUCAACUUUGAUAUGCGCCCACUGAAUUGGUUAGAAUACAUUGAAAAUUAUGUUUUGGGAAUUAAGAUGUACUUACUGAAAGAGGAUAUAGCUGCGAUCCCAGAAGCAAAGCAACACAACAAAAGGCUCCGAAAUAUUCACUACCUCCUGAAUACCGUCUUCUGCCUCAUCAUCUGGCGCUUUCUCAUUGCAAGAUCUCAGAUGGCUCGAAAUGUGUGGUUCUUCAUCGUGAGCUUGUGUUAUAAAUUCCUCUCCUACUUCCGGGCAUCCAGCACACUGAAGGUCUAA